AUGAUCCUGAGUGGAAAAAUGAUGUUCGACAAGUCUCGGUUAAACUCGGAAGAUAGUCGAUAAACUGCAGCUAUCGUAUUAGGACUGGUAACAAAUCAAUUAGCCCUCUGUCUGCUAUCGUACCAGACAUUUCAGCAUUAUUUCUCAAAAUUUUUUACAGCUAAUUUUGUAGUUCAGAUCUCUAUAACAAGUUUUGGAACUAAAAUGGUAUGUUAAAGAGGAUUUCUCACUACAAAAUUUCUAUUUUCUAUCAAUCCAUCUACCGCUUAUUCGUGUAUUUUAUGUUAUUAAUGUUAAGCUUGAAUCGCUCUACAAGCUAGCUUACAUGACAAGUUUGCCUUUCCACAGUCGAUCACUGUUGAUGUAUAUUCUGAUUUGUCCUGCCCUUGGUGUUACGUGGGCAAGAGACGGCUCGACAAUGCCAUUCAGCAGUAUACUGAAGCUGGUAUCACUGUACAUUGGCAUCCCUACAUUAUUGACAAAAAUACUGCCGAAAUGGGAGAGGAUUACAUGGCAUACAAUACCAGAAGGUAAAAUUGUGACUCCUAAUUGGUCGAUUCAUUCACUGCUUUUUCAGUUUCCUAACCCUUUGACCCUUGAAGGUGACCAACAUCUAAUUUCUCCUUACAAUAUCACCCCUGAAAUGCACAUUAAGGUCAUGAGAAUAAUGGAAAUGAUCACCUGCUAAAACUAAAGGUGAUUGUUAAACAAAUUCUCCUUGUCAGCACCUAAGGAAUUGUAUGACUACAGAGUGGAGAAUAUGCAUACUUAUGAUUGGUUGUAAAGGGUUAAAAAGAUGGUAUAUCUAGAAACAGAUAAUGAGAAGGACAAACAAUCCUUUGGUGGCAGGGGAGGGGGAAUGCCAAAUCAAAGAUCUAGGAAUACCUGCAGGGAAUAAAUAAAUUUCCAAUUCAAUUCAAAGAGAGUAAUGGAAUUAAUUACUUUUACAUUAUUUGCAACUAUUAAUUCACAAUAGCUCAACAUCUCUAUAACUUGCACCCUUGAGUGUGAUUAGGAAAAUCUACUUUUCUUCCUUAUGUGAGUCCUCUCCAUAUACAAGGAUGACACAAACACACACAUGCACAGGCACCCAAGCUGAUAAGCAGUGGUACAGAGGGUGGAUAGUUGAACAGUUGUACAGCAUUUUUCCAAAGGGUGUAUAAGACUACGUAGGGGCGAAAUCUUUGCUUGGCAGAUGGGUGCCAAUAAAUGAGGGUAGCCAGUUACCUUCUGGAAAGCCAUUUGAUCAUUUUAGAAAAUAAUCCAGAGUUAAAACAACAAGAGGCAGAAAGACAGACAGACAGACAUACAGUCAAGCAGACAGACACAUGUAGAUAGACAGAUAGCUAGACAGACUUAUGCACAGAUAAACUAACCAACUCAAAGACAGAUGCUGACAGAUAAAAAGACAAAUGAAUAAAUUUGUUGCUAGGUUGUGCAGCAACCAAUCAGUUUGACCACUCAGAGUGUAGUAGAAACUAGCAGACUGACCAAAUGACUCUCACUCCCUCCCCUACUAAUCUUAUUAGGAGGCAACACAGCCAAAUGGUUAGGGUGCUGGACUUGUAAUCUGGUGGUCCUGGGUUCAAGUCCUCCACCCUGCCAAUCACUGAAUUUGUUCUCAUGAACCCUGAGUUCAACUCCUUGGCUGUGCUGUUUAAAUAGCCAACUGGUCUGCCUCCAGCCAGCUGGGAUUUUCAAGCAAUUUAUGUUUAUUUCAGUCAUUGUAAAGCACUUGUUGAUAGUGAUAGAAAUAGGGCUAUAUAAAGAAAGUAUUAUUAUUAUUGAAUGAUGGACUUACUGAUGAAAUUUAGGUGGGGAGGUGAUGGAUGGACACAAUCACUCAGAAGGGCUGGACAACAGGAUGGAUUAGGAUUCAAAAACUGGAAAACAUGGCCAAAUUCUUUACAUGGUCACCGCCUCAUUCACCUGGCUGGGAUGCAGAAAGGACCGGAAGGACAAGGCAAAGCUAAAGAUCUCCUACUGCGCAUGAUUUAUGAGGAUGGCAAAAAUGUUAGUGACACUGGUACACUGAUUGAAGCUGCUAAAGAACUGGGCUUGGAAGGUGCAGAGGACUAUCUCAAAUCUUCCUCUGAUGUAGAUUUGGUUUUGUCUCAAGAUUCAUUUGCAAAAUCUCAAUUGAGAAUAUCUGGUGUGCCCUACUUUGUCAUAUCAAGUGACAAUAAAGAUAGGAAGACAAUAUCUUUGUCUGGAGCCCAAGGCACUGAGCAGUUUUUAGCAGCAUUUAGUCAUAUGACAAAAUAGAUGUCAUUGGACAUGUAAUUAUGAACAGUUGUGACAAUUAACUAGUUUAAAAAAGAUUGCCAACUGAUUAGUCAGAACUCCUCUUGUGUUAGAGAUAUGUGAUGUAUUGGGUGAUAGAGGUGAUAAUUGAUGUGAUAGAUGUGAUUGAUGUGAUAGAGGACACAUGAUGUACUGAGGCUUAAGUGGGUAACAUAUAUUGACUGCAGCUGUAAUUUAGUGUGAAUCCUCUACAGCCAUGGGGGGCAGUGGCUCUUAUCUAACUUCCUUGUCCUUGCAGCAAUCAAUGUCAGAAUCCAUGCAACAAAAAUUUUAUUUUCUGAAAAGACAAUUUUAUUAUUGAAUAAAGGGAUAAACAACUCAAAGGGUAAUAAUUAUUG